UGGACAUUCACAGGAGGCAAGGCUUGAAGCUGUACUGUAUUCAGAAGCUGUAGCCGAUAUUGGAACAGGAGGUCGUGUUCACGACCCCGCCUUUACGGGAGAUCAAGUUCAACCCCGCACUGCCCAUGUAGGAGAGUGAGAUAAGUAACAGGAAAACACACUUCAUGUUGCCUCCAGUCCUCUGAUUCUUGACUGCACUUAAGAGUUCUUCUGGAUAAAUUGCAAGACACAUCUGUACAAAAUAGCAUGAAUCUGCAUCUACAACAUGACAUCCAGUUCAUCCAAGGCUUCCCAAAUUACUAGACACGCAGCCUAUUUCCUUCUUCUCGGAACGUAAGCGAUAGAGCCUGUAUCGGUGUGCAAAUAAAUGAUAGAGGUACUAUGGAUAUCUUCCAGAGGUAUGCCGCCGGGUAUGGGUAUCAUACCCGAAAUACCCAGAUCUUCGCAUCGCCAGAUCAACGGGUAUGCAGCGGUAACGCUAAAGACUAGACACCACCAACUUGGAAGGACCCUGGCUCGAACAACGGAACUGGCGGAAUAGCCGUCAGAUAGCAGCUCCUCCGCAAAUCUUGGCUUGAAACCCCGGAAUUAAUUAUCGUGGAGCAUGCGGAAUGAGACCCGCAGAUAGUCGUAUUUUGAUAGUUAUCUAGAUGGAUAUCAGGAAGCUUGGAUAUCUUAAUAUUGAUCCGUAUCUGUAUCCAUGCCUGUGGGGUUAAGAAGCAGGACUUAAGAAGGCUAUGCUGCCAUCCCUUGGACCAUUCUUACGUUAAAGUAAUUCGAGAAACAGCCGUGUUCGCUUCCAUUAACACCUAAUUACACCAAAUAUUGCCGGGAUGGCGACAAAAGAAUUGGAUCCCAGUGCGGAUAUGGAGAAGAAGCUUCCUCAGGAUGUCCAAGCGACAAGUUUCGUGUCAGAAAGGGGCUAUGCGGAGGAGCUUCGUCGAGACUUCUCGAUCUGGUCGCUUGGCUCAUUGUGUGUUUGCUUGAUGGCAACGUGGGAAGCGUUGGGAAGUGUCGUUGCUGCUGCACUGACGAGUGGAGGAGCACCAUGUUUGUUCUACAAUUAGUAUGUCCUGGCCUAAAGCGCGACCGUAAGAAGUGGAACUGACUUUGCGAAAAGCAUCAUUUCAUUCUUUGGAACUGUAGCUAUUGCGGCUUCGUUGGCCGAAAUUGCAUCGAUAUACCCCACUGCCGGAGGUACAUCCUGCCCAUCUCAACUCCUACUUAUCGUAUGGGCUUUGAAUUACGGCUGACAACAAACAGGUCAAUACCACUGGGUCGCAGCACUUGCGCCCAAAAAUCAAAUGCUUGUGGCAUCCUGGUUCACUGGCUGGAUCUCAAUCGGCGGACAAAUCGUUCUUACGGCAUCUGCAGCGUUCGCAGCUGGACUGCAACUGCAGGCUUUGAUCACAGUGAACAACGAUGGCUACAUCCCGCAGCGCUGGCAAGGAAUGCUCUUCUACUGGAUGAUCAUCCUAUAUGCCGCUGUGGUGAAUAUCUGGGGAUCCAAGGUUCUCCCGCAUACAAAUCUUGCAUCUGGAGUACUGCACAUCGGAGGUUUCAUAGCAAUCAUGGCAGUCUUGGGUGCCAUGGCUCCGAAACAUAAUGCUGAUUACGUCUUCGUCGAAGUGACAAACAGCAGCGGCUGGUCCAAUCAGGGUGUUUCAUGGUUGGUCGGUCUCCUCAGCACAGUUUAUCCUUUCCUCGGAUACGAUGCCGCUUGCCAUUUGGCAGAGGAGAUGCCGCGACCAGAGCGGAAUGUACCAAUUGCUAUGGUGGGUAGUGUUGUGGUCAAUGGCAUCAUGGGAUUUGGAUAUGCGAUAAUGCUCUUGUUCUCGCUUGGUGAUCUCGAAGGGCUCCUUACUUCUGCAACUGGAUUUCCAUUCAUGCAACUCUUCUUGAACGUUACCAAGAGCAGUGGUGGAGCAACAGUCCUGAUCUUGAUACCAACCAUGAUCGCAGUCGCUGCCAAUGCGGCCGGAUGUACCUCAACCUCCCGCACAUUCUGGGCUUUCGCAAGAGACUCUGCAACGCCGUAUUCCAAAUACUUCUCGCAUGUCAAUACUUCAUUGCAAGUUCCAGUACGGGCUGUGGUUCUAGUCACCAUUUGCGAAUUGCUUCUGGGCUUUAUCUACCUCGGAAAUAGUACUGCAUUCAAUGCAGUCCUUUCCAUGGCAAUUCUCGGGAUGUAUACCUCAUACCUGCUACCAAUUGUUUACAUGACAAUAUAUGGCAGAAGGAAGAUGGCCGGCAAAUUUGGUCCUUUCAGGCUGGGCAAUACACUUGGUAUGAUUACCAACGUGACUGCGACAUGCUGGCUGUUGGUUGCAAUUGUGUUCAGUACAUUCCCAACAUUGCAACCUGUGACUCCACAGAACAUGAACUAUUCCAUUGUCGUCAUGGGUGGCUGGUUGGUUGUUGGGGUAAUGUUCUUCUUUUUGUCGGGUAAAGGUAAGUAUGCAGGGCCUAUCUUGUAA